GGUUCAGCGUUGCAAAACCGGUAACUGUGGAGAGGAAAAAACCGAAGCAUUAAGCUAUGGGAAAAGAAAUGAGUUGCACAAUUGAAAAAGCCUUAGCAGAUGCGAAAGCACUGGUGGAACGGCUAAGGGAACAUGACAACGCAGCAGAAGCUCUUAUUGAACAGACUACAGCUCUUAACAAGCGGGUUGAAGCAAUGAAACAGUACCAAGAAGAAAUUCAAGAGCUCAAUGAAGUAGCAAGACAUCGCCCUCGGUCUACAUUAGUGAUGGGUAUCCAACAAGAAAACAGACAGAUUAGGGAAUUGCAACAGGAAAAUAAAGAACUACGCACAUCUCUUGAAGAACAUCAGUCUGCUUUGGAACUCAUAAUGAGCAAGUACAGAGAACAGAUGUUUAGGUUGCUUAUGGCGAGCAAAAAGGAUGAUCCAAGUAUAAUAAUGAAGUUAAAAGAGCAACAUUCCAAGGAGCUGCAAGUGCAUGUGGACCAAAUUACAGAAAUGGCAGCAGUAAUGAGAAAAGCCAUUGAAAUUGAUGAAAAGCAUGGCUGUAAAGAGCAGGAACGUAUCAUUCAGCUUGAGCAAGAAAACAAAGGCUUGAGAGAAAUUCUUCAAAUAACUAGAGAAUCAUUUCUGAACCUCAAGAAAGAAGAUGCAUCAGAGAGCACAUCUCUGUCAGGAUUAGUAACAAGCAGUGAUUUGAGCCUGAGGAAAAGCUAAAGACUAUGGAAAUCAACAAGCUUCAGUUGCACACUUUACAAACGGAGUAUCAGGGGUCACUUGUCAAGCACUUGUUACUGAAUAGGGCACCAGCAAGCUAAUGCAUCUUAAACUCCAGUUUAGUGGCUUUUAUACUGGGUAAAAUAAAUUAAAAUUGGUAUCCUACAAAAACCUUAGUGACAGAUUAAUUGCCAUAGAUCUAACUUCAGUAGGAAAUGGAUUAAUGCACUUACUGAAUUGGGAAUUAUUUUUAUAUGAAGUCAUUUUACAGAUAAAAAGACAAGAUUUCACAUAAUUUAUAUAAAUUAUUGCUCAUACAAAGUUUCAGUGCACCUAUUACAUAAUAAAGGUAAGAUUUAAAGUCUGAUCUCUGGCUAAAAAGUAGUAACUUAUGAAUGUGCUUUGUGCAUGAUCCACAUUACUUUUUUUCCUUUUAGUAAGUUUUUAAUAAAUUCUCAUUUUGCAGCAAACCUGUUUAAUGGAAAGGGUACAUAGGCAGCACAGAACUUAAGGAUUUCUGUUAUUUAGCCACAGGGUAUGCUGUCCAAAUAUAAGGCCAAUUGUUUAAACAUAAGCAAUGCUUUUGCAGUUGUUCAAUAUUUAUUUUUUUAAAUUGAACAAGAUUCUUUAAAAUAUGUAUACUUAAUUGUAUUUUCAAAACAUGAAAAGAGCUGCUCCCACUUGAUUGCUUUCUGGAACACAGGUAGCAUAGUAUAAUUCUGCCUUAGCUUUCACUUUUAUGAGAGAAAACCAGGCUCGCUCUCUAUAGCUAAACCAUCACAUUAGUCCCAUCUAUUUCUUCCCUGAUUGCCUGUCCAAACUUCCUAACUGGGAAAUGGCAAUUUGAAAGCACCCAAACAGCAGCAGCAGCAAGGUAGUUGGGGGAAGGAGGGAGAAGCUCUGUGGCAAAGUUGGCAGCCUGCAUGCCUGCAAUCAAUACUCUUAGUUUUUCUUUCUUAAGUACUAGUCAUCAAGCAGGUUUUUAGGUAAGUUUCCGGUACAUGUUACGUUUGCACUAGGAAGAGUUUCAAUAUGCUAUACUGACAAAUAGACCGCUUGCUUUUAAUCCCGAAAUACUUGCAGAAAUGACAAGAAAUGGGCUUUCCUAGAUCAAAGCACAGCUCGUAUCAUAUGCGGAUACAAUAGAAGUGCUACACAAGACAGGCUUGUAGUAAAGAGGUGCCAAAAUAAUUCAUAUUUGGCUUUUGUUAUCAGACUACCACUUUGUGGUCAAGGCAGCAAGAACAUUCCUAGUAUUGAUGUGUAUCAUCACUUUUUGUCCAGCAUGUUAACAUAUUCUUUACUUGAAAGCAUACUCAAAAGAAGCAGAGUGAAAGCUUUCAACCGCAGAAAACUGUAGAUCUACAAAUGCCACCCACAGUUAAAUAUUUUGGCUGUUUAAUAACUCACCUAGCAAAAUGAGUUGAACUCCUAUUCUAAAAUCAAUUACUUAAUCAAAUUUGAUUUUCAGUUACAACAAUGCAAAAAGAAUUAAGCAUCAAGCACUUCUGUGUCAGUUUUAAAUACAGCUUCCUUUGACUCGUACAGCUUCCCUGGGCUCAAGGUAAAUGCACCACAGGUCUAAGGGGGAACUUUCAGUGCCCAGUGAACUAGUUUAUAGGGAGCUUAAUAUUUUCGUUCUGUUGCUGUCAGUUGCUGCCCCCCUUCCUGUAGGGCUUUUAAGAGAAAAAAAGUGAAGUGGUAGGAAAGGAGUGUUUAGCAGAGACAAUAAAUGCUUGUUUUCAACUAAUACAUAUGCUAGGAAAUGCAGUUGAAAGGACAGUUAUAUCAAGCGCUCCAAAUUUUCACAACAUUUUUUUAUAAGUGGAAACUGCUACUUCUCUUUCCAGAGCAUCUUAGCAUCUUAGCUUGUUUCUAAGUUUAAGAGUUUAAGAAUAUAUUGAGACAUUCAUGUGCAUGGGGAAAAAAGUUUUAACCAUUUCCAAACUUGCUAAACAUCUGGGGGGAAUUUUUUGGGGAACAUUUUAGCUCAAGCACAAAGUACACUUGUCUGCUAUUAUUAUCUGUAAAACCUUGCUAAUGCUUCUAUAAUUUAGAUUUUGCAUUUCUACUGUAGCUUGCAAGCUGGUGACUUAUCAGAAGCAACAUCUUUUUUUAAUGGAGUGUUUUGUUGUUGCAAACUUAGGAGAAAUUUUGGGUUCAGUUGAUUAAGUUAUUCUUUUCAGAAGUGUCUUUUCAGCCAUUGACUGGUAUCAGAGGCAUUUAUAUCCAUUUAAUGCUGAAUGCAGUUUCAUUGGUUUGUCUUUCAAAUACAAUCUCCAGAGUUGUAUAGCAGAGAAGGGUUGUUAGUCUGUGGCAGUUCUUUAAGGUUGCUCUAUUAUGAAAUAAUGCUUGAUUAGUGUUUAUUUUUGUAAAUUAAAAAAUGUGACUUAAUUUAUCUACUCCUAGUCUUCACGUUUGAUACGUUUCCCCUGUCAUUCCCCCGACCUGAUCACUUUAGGAUUUUAAAGAACCUUCACAGUGUGUGGAGUGACUAUUUUUCAUUGCAUACCUGUUAUUUUUGUAAUGCAGAUGGCUUGAAAAGAAUUUAUGGCUAGAAUUGUGUACUGUACAGUAAACUUAUUUUAUCAAUAAAGUU